AUGGAGCUGGCGCUGCCCAAUGACGUACUUCUCUUGAUAGGAGAGCAACUCGAACAGAAAGAAGACCGACGAAACCUCAUAUUAGUCUCCCGUCACUUUCAUGAUCUUUUCCUCCCACUAGUAUAUCGAAAGGUGUCUAUCAACCAUUGGCAAGAUGCCAGUUCGUUCCUGCAUGCCAUACUGGAACGACCUGCGCUGGCGCGGGCCGUUCGGGAGCUAGACCUAACAGACUGGCAUGCGAAAAGCGUAUCGGACGAUGACUGUAACCAAAUUCAGACAUCGACAUCUUUGAGAGCAUGGCUGGAUGAUGUAUCAUGCUCAAUGCUCGAAAGUGAUCAAUGGGCCCAGCACCUCGAACAAGGCAUUGCUGACGCCUGGGUUGCACUCAUUCUCCCAUUGUUGAGUCAGCUCAGAACCCUUUCACUGGCCUAUACGACAAACUCUCCAUAUUUGGACUGGAUCAUGCAAAGGGCCGUGGAUUGCAAACAGCCAUUUCCCGUCCAACCAGCCUUCCGACACCUACGUGAGGUCUCGUUGCAUCAUCGGGAAGAUCUCGAUCACAGCGAGCACCUGGAUGAUGCCGGAGCUGAAACUCAACUAUCAUCAACAUUGCUCCUACCAUUUUUCCAACUGCCAUCUGUUCGUGCUAUCACAGCCAACUCCGUAGUGGACCCUAGCUCCACCACUCCCCUCUCUGAGGAACUAACAGAUGAUGAGAAGCCUCGCCUUGGCUUCUCCUCGAUCACCGAUAUCGAUUUGCGUGCAAGUAGUGGGAACCAUGGCAUGGAGAAGUUGGUUAGCUCAUGCGCCGACUUGAAGUCAUUUAAAUACCAGCACUCGGACUCGCAUGUCCUUUCGCAUGGCUACCAACCAUCCGCCUUCUAUCGCUCUCUGACCCAUAGCAAAAAGAGCCUGCAAACACUCUGGCUGGACCACUAUGGCAGCCACUAUCCGUUCACCGCUGCUGGGCUGAACCAAUCCCACGACGAGUGGUUUGGUUCCCUUGUUGAUUUCACUGCCUUGAAAGAAGUGCGCGUGAGACUGCCAAAUCUGUUGGAUAUUCGAUACCAGAACGAACCGACCACACCUCUCAUGGAAUGUCUCCCAUCGUCGCUUGAGACUCUUUACAUUGAAGCAUGUGAGGAGCGAUAUCUGGGAAUGUUGGUUUCCCAAUUACAACCCGUGAUUAAAAGUCGCCGGACUCGUUUCCCUAAACUCAAGCGUGUCGAUAUCGAGGGUGCGUUCCAAAACGUCCCGUCGGAUGACGAUGAUCAGGUUGCUAGCUCUGGACCUGAUGUACUUGAAGCUGUGAUCAAGGACAAAAUAUAUCAAGCUGCCGAACCUUUGCAUAUAGACUGUGUCAAUGCUGGGUUGGAGUUGCAUCUUCACGACCGUGUUCUGUCGCAUACUUGA